AUGCCUACAACCUUUUCCCUAUUGCAGUACGUAAUCUAUGGAAAUCCGACGAGAAUUUCUGGAGGUAGCACAGCUGACAUAAGUGCAUACCCCUUUGCGACCUCCCUUCUCAGCAACCGGGGAGAAGGGGCUUACACUCAAGUGUGCGGUGGCACAAUCAUAUCGUCAUCAGCAAUAUUAUCAGCAGCCUCCUGUUUUGUAACUAACAAUGUGGUCGAUUCAAUGCUUUGGUGGCGUGCCAGAGUUGGGUCGACGUACUCCAACAGCCGUGGUCUUAUCUACCUCAUCCGAAGAAUUACUACCCAUUCUGACUUCCAGACAACAACCAGAGUAAACGACAUCGCUGUGUUAAGAACCUCUUUGAACAUCGUUUUUGGACAAAACGUUCAGGCUGCGUAUAUAGCUGGUGGAUCUUAUUCGUUGGCCAACAAUCAACCUGUUUGGGCCAUCGGAUGGGGUGUCACUUCGGUAAGCAUAAUCAAACUUCGCCAAGUUCAAAUCUGGGUAAACGACCAGCAGACAUGUGCUACCCGAUACGCUGAGGUGAACUUCAGCGUAACUAGCAAUAUGCUUUGUGCUGGCUGGCUGGAUGUCGGAGUUCGCGGACAAUGCCAGGGUGACACUGGCAGCCCUCUCCUGCACAACGGCGUGGUGGUAGGCGUAUACUCGUGGACACAGAGCUGCGGCAACAGCCGUUAUUCAAACAUCAACACUCGAGUUUCCGCCUACUCGCGGUGGAUUGAAGCAACUGCCACCGUUUUAUAG